UUUCUCCAAGGUUGCAAAUAUUCGCAUCAUUGAUUUCUCAUUUUGCUUUCUUUGACGAUAAGGAUUGCCGUACUCACCAUGGCAUAUUUGACCGAUGGGGCAAUGAACAUAGAUGUCAAAUCUUUAGGUUAAGUGAGUUCUCACCACUCACACUGAGUUGCUUGAGCAGCAAAAUGCUCUCACUCUCGAUCCAGUUCAUCUGUCUGUCAAAUGCUCAAAUAUUCAUUCUCAGAGUGUCGAAAACAAAGCGCGUGAUAAAAUCGAAAACCAGAAUCGCGAGUUUUAAUAUCAAUAUUUUGAGUGAUAAUUUGUCACCAUGAGUGCAAAACGAACCCUGCAAAAGGAUAUUGUCCUGAAUGUGGUUGAGCAGAUAAUUGGAUCCGAUGGGAAAACUCAACGAUUCCAAUGCCGUGCGAGUUCAGACGAAGAACAACCAUGCAGCUACGCACAGGUAACGUUUGUUCCUGGCAACUUUAAGCGCCAUCUGAUAAGUAGCCAUCCGGAUAUUGCGAGAGAACUCGGAUUUUCAUUAGACGAACCUCCGGCCAAAAAACCACGCAGCUCCAAAUUAUCUGUGGACACUUCACGGAACGAAGUGCUGCUGGGGACUUUGCAACUGGCAACUGGCCACAAUAUGCCUCUUCGGUUUCCAGAAUGGGAAGGAGUAAAAACUCUUAUCUUGCCCUUGUGGAAGGCAGCUGGAUUCAACUUUACUCGCGAUAAGCUCGCCAAGUUGAUUACAACAGCGGCUCAAAUUAUGCGAUCAAUAAUCCAGAAGGAGUUGAAACAGAGGAUAAUUUGUUUGAAGAUCGACUCUGCCUCCCGUAAAGGCCGGUCGGUUUUUGGAAUCAACCUUCAGUACAUAGAUGAAAAUGGGAACGUGUGUAUUAGGCAUCUUGCUGUUCGAGAGAUGAUCGAACGUCAAACAAAGGAGAACUUACGAAAGGUUCUAGAAGAAGAACUGCAACUAAUCGCUGUUAGCCUUGAACAACUGCUAACUGUUACCCACGAUAAUGGGGCAAACAUGUUGGCUGCUGUAAGGUGCCUCAGAGCUCUCCUAAAGUUUUGCGAAGAAAGUGAAGAUGUACCUCUGUCCACUGUCUUUCGGAAAGAUGAUAGCUUGCAGCAUUACAUUGAUGAUGGCAGUGCUUCUGAAGCCGAAGAUAGUGACAAGGAAGAACUGGUCGAAGAUUCAGGUGAAGCGGAUGAACCCAUUUCUGACGAUUUUAGCAACGGACAAGGGGAUGCUGAGUUCGAUUUGCAAGAUGAGCCGGACGAUAUUGAUGUUGAUCUUCUUGAGAGCAUCAGAUGUGGCGCCCAUACCGCACAAUUGGCAGUAUGGGAUGUUAUUAAGCCAUACAAGCGGAGAUUAAACGCAAUAAACAAAUCGUGUAUAAGGAUGCGGCACAAACAGUUUCAGCAGUUUUUCCGGCUCCACAAAGUUCCACUUCCUCCAAAGGUCAACGAAACUCGUUGGAAUGUCUGGUACAUCCUGCUAAGGUAUCUUCGAUCACUGAAGGAUGGUCCUUUCUUGAGCGUAUUACAAAGCCAGGAUUCUUCACUAGACCUAUCACGGCACUGGCACUUUGUUGAUAAAUUUUGUGUGGCCUUUGAACCAAUGUUCGUUCUGACUAUGAAGUUGCAGAAAGACCACGUGCCUCUCUCACAGUUUUAUGUAGAUUGGCUGACGUGUAUGGCUAAACUGAAUGCGGCUAAGGAUAAUACACUUGCGUUGAAGCUUUUCAAAGCAAUGGGAUUGAGAUUGGAAAAGUUGAAUACGAACAUGGCUUUCAAGGCAUGUUUAUACUUGGACCCUCGAUUCAAUUACAUUGGAUCCAGACGGCUGUCCAAUGACGAUAAAGCUUCCGUGCAGAAAUACCUUAUUGCUUUGAAUAAACGGUUGGACGAGAUAUCUGGAGCUGAUACUCAGGCUACGGAAGGACAAGAUCAAACUCAAAUUCAAAACGACAUUGUUGAAGACUUUCUUGCUGGGCUUUUUGAAGAGGAUAAAGAUAUUGCUGCGCCUGGUCGAGAGGCUUCUGACAGUUUGCUAGGAGAACUCGUAAAACUAGAAUCUAGACCGAAAGUCAACAUCACUACAACUCAUCCAAUCGAUUCUAAACAAAACUCAACAACGUUCCAAGCGCAACCAGGUACUUCAAAAGAUAAGAUGUCUCCUACUUCGUUCAGUUCGAUUUCUUUUGACAUUGUUGACUAUUGGAAGAAAAAGAAACUAAUAAGUCCAAGACUUUUUCGCCUGGCUAAAAUUGUUCUAGCUGUGCCUUCUACACAAGUUACUGUAGAAAGACUUUUCAGCCAGCUGAAGUUUAUAUUAACAGAUUCAAGAAUGCGCUUGAGUGACACUUCCGUAAAGGAUCUUAUGCUGUUAAGAAUGAAUCAAGAUUUGCUUCCGAAGGUUGUUGAUGCAAUAAUCGAAGUUGGUGACAUGUAAACCAUACUUGUUCAAUUCAAAAUCAAUUCCAAAAUGAAUGUUUCAAUCCUCCGUAUGCUUUUAGACUCUACGAAAUGUAAAAUGAAUUAAAUAUGCGAAAAACCAUGUUUUUCAACUACUUUUGAAUUAAACUUUAAUAAAUAAAUAAACAACAAUUAAUGCUUUUUUAACUUCAUCCUCACUAGUACACAAAAAAAAAAUGAAAUGAAAACCUUGGAAAAUGGCACAGAGGUCCAACUUGAAGCUUUUGGUUUCCCUUUUAUAGUGCCAACACAACAGUUAUGGAGAAGAUACUAAACUAUUUGUAUCCAUAUCUAAGAAUUAUCAGCUUAAAACUGA